GUGCUAGGUCAACAGUAGUUGAAAUGGCCAAACUGCUCCUGACCAUCCAGGCAGUUCCUUUCUGCUGCAGUUAUUAAUGUCUACAUUGUUCUUUACUGAAUCUCAGUUCUUCCUCGCAAAGGCCUCAAAGCUGCCCUUUCUUUGGAUGGAUAAUUAAACUUUCUAGGGCCACCCAGUCUCUAUGCAGAAGUCUCCUCAAGUGCCACGGAUAAAGUUGGCAUCUUUUCAUCUCUGUCUCCUAGCUUGGCAGAGUUGGGGAAAGUGUUUGAAAACAUCCCCGCGUGUCUCAUCGCCUCUGUUUUUUGUUUUUGUCAAGGGCUUUUAUUGAAAGUCAACUUUUGAAUCCCAAAGUGAUUCCUCUCGGAUACCGGAUGAGUGAGUCACCGAAAAUGGAUAAAGACAAAAGGAUCGGAUUAUACCCCUCACUGCUGGUGGGUGAAGGUUGUCGAACUGUUCCUCUUUCUGGCCAUGUCGGAUUCGAUAGCUUGCCUGACCAGUUGGUUAACAAAUCGGUUGGCCAUGGUUUCUCUUUCAACAUCCUCUGUGUGGGGGAAACGGGUCUUGGGAAGUCAACCCUGAUGGACACGCUCUUCAACACCAAGUUUGAAGGAGACCCAGCGUCUCAUUCCCAGCCAGGAGUUCAGCUGAAAUCCAGUUCCUACGACUUGCAGGAAAGCAAUGUUCAUCUGAAGCUGACCAUUGUCAGCACGGUGGGCUUCGGUGACCAGAUUAACAAAGAGGACAGCUACAAACCCAUUGUAGAAUUCAUUGACACCCAAUUUGAAGCCUAUCUGCAAGAGGAGCUGAAAAUUAAGCGGGUGCUGCAUAAUUACCACGAUUCCAGGGUCCAUGCUUGCUUGUAUUUCAUCGCUCCCACGGGACAUUCUUUGAAAUCCCUGGAUCUGGUCACCAUGAAGAAACUGGACAGUAAGGUGAAUAUCAUUCCUAUUAUUGCCAAAUCCGAUGCCAUCUCUAAGAGCGAGCUGACCAAAUUCAAAAUUAAGAUCACCAGUGAACUCGUGAGCAACGGGGUGCAAAUCUAUCAGUUCCCUACUGACGAUGAAUCUGUGUCAGAAAUAAAUGGAACCAUGAAUGCUCAUUUACCCUUUGCCAUCAUUGGUAGCACAGAAGAAGUUAAGAUAGGAAAUAAAAUGAUGAAGGCGCGUCAAUAUCCGUGGGGGACUGUGCAGGUGGAAAACGAAGCCCACUGUGACUUUGUAAAACUCAGAGAGAUGUUGAUCCGGGUAAACAUGGAAGAUCUUCGCGAACAAACCCACACACGCCAUUAUGAAUUGUAUCGGCGAUGUAAACUGGAAGAAAUGGGAUUUAAGGAUUCCGAUCCAGACAGCAAGCCAUUCAGUUUACAAGAAACCUACGAGGCCAAAAGGAAUGAAUUUCUCGGAGAACUUCAGAAGAAAGAAGAGGAAAUGAGACAGAUGUUUGUCCAGAGGGUGAAAGAAAAGGAAGCGGAGCUGAAAGAGGCUGAAAAAGAGCUCCAUGAGAAAUUUGAUCGUCUGAAGAAGCUGCAUCAGGAUGAGAAGAAGAAGCUGGAAGAUAAGAAGAAAUCCCUGGAUGAUGAAGUCAAUGCGUUUAAGCAGAGGAAGACAGCUGCUGAACUGCUUCAGUCUCAGACUCAGCAGGCAGGAGGUUCACAGACACUGAAAAGGGACAAGGAGAGAAAAAAUAAUCCCUGGCUAUGUACUGAGUAAUCCCCCUUGAAUAUACUGAGCUGGGAUGUCGACCUUCACUUAUUUAUUGCGCUCCCGUUCAGCCAUGGUCAUCUCACGGGCCUUCCAGAAUAUCAUUUUUAUAUUCUACGCAAACAAUUUGCUGCUUUGGCUGUAUCAUGGUGUGCGCGCCUAAUAUAAAAGAUCUUUUCUUCUAUGCUGUGGAUUGUUUAGGAUGCCCACUCUAGGUUGCCUGUAAACAAGCCCAACAAGUUUACUCGUCAAGCAAAUUGCUAGCAAAUUGAAGGCUGAUGUUGUAUUUUCAGAUGUCCACCAAUAGGGAAUGGAGUGAUGAAUGUGCUGUGGUAUUAACCCAAGCAUGUCAUUAAAAUCUAGUUGAGUGGCAAAUAAAGAAACAAUUUUUUUUUUUUGCAGUAUCUGGGCACACACACCCUUUGAAUACUCUUUAUGUUAAAAGUUGUGUUAUUUCCCACUGCUGCCUUUAUUCAUUUAUUUUAAGUGGGAGCAGGAAUUACAUGGAUAAAGCCCCUUAAUGAGCCACUGGGGUUUAUAAACAGUUUUUAAUUAGAUAUGGGACUACACCCCUUUAGGGGUGGCAUGGUAGCUCAAUGGUGAAGGCGCUGAGCUUGUCAGGUUUGAGACCCCACCACCACACGAUGGGGUGAGCUCCUGUCCUCAACUCCUGCCAACCUAGCAAUUCAAAAGCAUGUAAAUGCAAGUAGAUAAAUAGGUACCACUUCAGUGGGAAGAUAACAGUGCUCUGUGACCACAUGGCCACGGAAAUGUCUUUGUUCAAUCCUGGCUCAGUGGCCUUGAAAUGGAGAUGAGCAGCACCCCUAAAGUCAGCAAUGACUAGUGGAGUUAAAUCCACAGGGGACUCUGUACACCUCUUUGCUCUAAGCUGUUCCAUUGCCCAAAACGUGAAAAGGAGGAGGAGAUGAGAGCCAGGAUGUUUAAGAUCCAAUUCUGGGUUUCUAAGUUAACAUUUGGGUUCCUGAAAAAUAAAAUAGUUCAUGUUCCUGAACUUUUUCCAGCAGCGAGCAAGCAAUUCGUCGCCUGUAGCUUCUUCACUGUGGGGGGGGGGGGGGAGAAAGGCCAUGCUAAAUAUACUACAGGUUGUGGUUUUGUUUUAGAAGAUGACCAAUUUAAGAAUUCAUUCAUAGAGUCUUGCUCUAUAAUUCUGCCUGGCUUUUCUCUGAACGUUUGCAUUGAUUUGAAAUAUAUAUGUUGUGUUUGUACUGUGCAUUCAUGCGUUUCCCUUCACCCCAAGACAUCUGCAGUCUUAUCUAUUAAAGGGGGUAGUCCUCCUUUAGCGGCUGCCUCAUUUAGUAACUGCAACGACAACGGUGGUGAGACAAUACCUUCGCAACCCGCCCUUGCGUUUACGACCUUCACAGAUCUGCAAAACAAAGGAAAUCUGAAGUCUGAUCCUAGGCACCGUCACGGUUUUAUUUAGCCACCGCUUCAUUUAAUGACCAAGUUGCUGGUUCCAAUUGUGGUCGCUAAACAAGGACCAUAUGCUAUUUCAUGUGGUUGUCCUCUUUUGACGGUGUUUUACUGCUUGGGCUCCUAACAGGGUAGCAAAAACAUAGAUUUACUGGCCUGUUUUCUUUCCGUGUCAUUGUGUUCCUCAAGUGGUCAAUAAUCUGCUUUGCCUUUGAUCGCCUCUCUUAGCUCUCUGCUGUUUAACUAACAAAUCUUUAUUUCUUUCCCUUUUCUCUCUCUUUCUCUCUGUAGCUUUUUCUAAUCUGUCUCCACCUGCUGCAUCUCUAAGAAGACAUCCACUUGAGCGAACGUAGGGAUUCCCAUCCUGCUUGGGAAGGGAGGGGCAGACCAGAAUAAAUAAAAAGAAACUUAGCCUGGAAAAAAAAGAUUUGGGUUUGUUUUCUCCCAGUCCUAUUUUUUUUCAUGUGUGGGGGGGAUGUUGGGUUUAUUUUUUUAUUUUUAUUUUAAGCAAGAGAAGAUGGGAAAAAUAAUCGGAAAGGCGAGCGUCAGACAUUUUGCCCAACUCCCAAAAUAUUGCAGUCCAAUUAAUGAGGUGGCUACUUUACACUGAGACAGGACUUAAUUGUGAUUAGGAUUAUGGUUAUUCCCUUCCUAGUUUGGCCUCCGUAUCAUGAUCGUGUUUUUCGAGUAGAGGGGAAAAAAAAAAAGAAUUGUCCUAUUCCUUCAUUGGUUGGAGUGGAUAAAAAUUAUGCAACAGACAACACGUAGGAAAAAAAUCCCCUCGUGACUUUGCUACCUCUGAGGAAUAUUUACUUUGAACGCUAUGUAAAAGGGCAGUCGGGGACGUUAGAGAGGGUAAAUUCUAUUUUUCACUGGGGGUGGGUGGGCUUAGAUAACCUCCCAUAGAUAAUCUGCCAUUUCAGUAAAAAAAGUAACAACGAAUAUUUCCCAAUUAAAAAAAUACAUAAAUCCACUAAAUCUAUUUCUGUUCAGUUCCUUGUUUAAAUCUCUCGUCCUGGAUCCAGCUUCCUGUCUUGUAGAAAUCACUCAUGUCAGCUGUUCUUUGCAAGAAUCCUUAAAAUGCACAAAGAGCCUUAAAAGCCUUUGAGGAAGAGAGAGAGAGAUAUUGUAUAAAAGACCUAAGUAGUAUUAUUGUUGUGAAUUAAUCCCCAAAGUUCGAAGCCCUUUUAAAAGGGAGAUAAAAACUGAUGUUUCUAUUAAGGUGGUGAAGGAAAAUCAAUUUGUAAAGUCAUCCUCUUGUUUUUCAAAGUUAUCGUUGCAAGUCACAUGUAACUGCCCUUAAAAAUGUACCUACUACGAACUUUUGGGACUUUAUUUGAACCGUUCACUGCAUGGCCUGGUUUCCAAGAAUUCCUUUUCCUGUCUCUUCUUUUUUUAAAACAUUUUGUUAUGAACAGUUGUGAUUGGACAGCUGCACUUGAUAUAUAUUUACAUGACCCACGUGAGCGAACCAGCACUGUUGAACUUAAUACCUUUCUAAUGUUGUCAAUUUUCAAUAAAAAUUUACCCUCCCAAAA